CCUCCUCCUACACAGACCCUGGAAUUCCGCCUCAUUCUUUCAUCUUCAUUCUUGAUUCACUCCAUCCCUACCAUUUGUUUGAUAUCUAUGUUUCAACGCCCAUCAACCACAGAGUUUCUAUGAGAUCCUGGUAUUACUUCGAUCUAUCUCUCUGCUUGUUGUGUCAAACCGUGUAUAUAGCCACAAACCCAUUAAUUUUUCUCCAAGUAUUUUAUAAAUAACUCCACUUUAGCAUGUGGAGAAACGUUUGUAACCGAGCUUCUGUCAAGAAGCUGAUAGCAUUUGCUAAUAAAUCUAAUUUUAGAGAUACCCAGUUUCUUGAAAAAGCUAGACUGUUAGAACUCUACCCUUAUCGAAAUCUUUCAUAUGGAGAUUUGGGUUUUCGACGAAUCAGUGGAUUGGGUUCUCAAAAAGACAAUCUUGGUGAUUCUAGUUUAGCAAAUUUAGGGGUUUCUUUUGGUUCAUUACAUGUAUCUCGUAAGGGCUAUGCUACUUCGUCUGCAGCUGAGGAGAUUGUUUCAACUGAAGGAGAAGAGAGUGAUGAAAUUCGUGAAAUGGUACACCAUUUGAAUAAGGAGAUCAAGGUGGUGAAAAUGAAAGCUAAUAAUAAUUCAGAUAGCAAGAAGCAGCCAAAAUUAAUUAAUGGAAUUGGGCAAGGGAAGUACAUUGCACUCAAGAGAAGGCAGAUAAAGAUAGAGACAGAGGCAUGGGAGGCUGCUGCAAGAGAGUAUCAAGAACUUUUAGUGGAUAUGUGUGAGCAGAAACUUGCUCCCAAUUUGCCUUAUGUGAAAUCGUUGUUUCUUGGUUGGUUUGAGCCAUUGAAGAAUGCUAUUGCUGCUGAGCAGGAUUUAUGUAAGGAAGGGAAGAAUCGAGGGGCUUAUGCUCCACAGUUUGAUCAGUUGCCUGCUGAUAUGAUGACAAUAAUCACAAUGCACAAGUUGAUGGGUCUGUUGAUGACUGGAGGAGGACAGGGUGGUGCCAGAGUGGUUCAGGCAGCGCUCCAUAUUGGUGAAGCCAUUGAGCAUGAGGCAAGAAUACACAGAUUCAUGGAGAAGUCUAAGCGAAAGACUACAUUAAACGAGAGCCCUGAUGAUGAUUUGGAAGCUGUAAAUAAUGAGCAGCAGAUACAGAAAUUGAGGAAAAAGGUAACUCUUUUAGUUAAAAAGAAGAAGUUGCAGCAAGUAAGGCAUAUUGUAAAACAACAAGAUGAAUUGAAGCCUUGGGGCCAGGAUGCUCAAGUUAAGGUUGGCUCACGUUUAAUCCAGUUGUUGAUGGAGACUGCCUAUAUACAACCUCCUGUUGGUCAAUUUGAAGAUUGCUCUCCUGAUAUUCGGCCUGCAUUUGUACAUACUCUCAAAACUGUGGAAACACCGAAAGGCAGUAGACGAUAUGGAGUUAUUGAAUGUGAUCCCCUAGUGCGGAAAGGACUUGAGAAAAGUGCUAUGCACAUGGUGAUUCCGUAUAUGCCAAUGCUUCUUCCCCCAGUAAAUUGGACCGGUUACAACCGAGGAGCCUACUUCUUUCUACCAUCCUAUAUAAUGCGCACACAUGGAGCAAAACAACAGCGUGAUAUAGUUAAACGGACUCCAAAGAAGCAACUGGAAGCUGUUUUUGGGGCGCUUAAUACUCUUGGUGCUACAAAAUGGAGGGUAAAUAGAAAAGUCCUUGGUGUCGUAGAUAGAAUCUGGGCUAGUGGAGGGCGUCUAGCCGAUUUGGUGGACCGUGAUGAUAUUCCACUACCUGAAGAGCCAGAUACAGAUGAUGAAGAUGAAAUUAGAAAAUGGAAAUGGAAAGUUAAGAGCAUUAAAAAAGAAAACAGAGAGAGGCAUUCACAGCGAUGUGAUAUUGAACUGAAACUUGCUGUUGCUCGAAAAAUGAAGGACGAGGAAGGUUUCUACUACCCCCACAAUCUUGAUUUUCGUGGUCGUGCCUACCCUAUGCACCCAUAUUUGAAUCACUUGGGCUCUGACUUAUGUCGAGGCAUCCUUGAGUUUGCCGAGGGACGACCUCUUGGAGAAUCAGGCUUACGAUGGCUGAAGAUACAUUUAGCAAAUGUUUAUGGUGGUGGUGUGGACAAGUUAUCUCACGAGGGUCGAAUGGCAUUUGCCGAAAAGCAUUUGGACGAAAUCUUUGAUUCUUCAGAUCGACCUCUUGAAGGAAAGCGCUGGUGGUUGCGUGCAGAAGAUCCUUUUCAAUGCUUGGCCACAUGCAUGAACCUGUCUGAAGCGCUAAGAAGCUCUUCCCCAGAGACUUCCAUAUCUUAUAUGCCUAUCCACCAGGAUGGUUCAUGUAAUGGCUUACAACAUUACGCUGCACUUGGAAGGGACAAGUUAGGAGCAAGUGCUGUUAAUCUGGUUGAAGGAGAAAAGCCAGCUGAUGUCUACUCUGGGAUUGCUUCGAGAGUGAUUGAGAUCAUGCAGAGAGAUGCUAAGGGAGACCCCAUAACCGAUUCAAAUGCUAAGCAUGCGCGGAUGUUAGUUAAUCAGGUGGAUAGGAAGUUGGUCAAGCAAACGGUGAUGACCUCAGUGUAUGGUGUCACAUAUAUUGGUGCUCGUGACCAAAUCAAGAGAAGGUUAAAGGAACGUUGUGCCAUCGAAGAUGAUGCAGAAUUGUUUGCUGCUGCUUGUUAUGCUGCAAAAACCACGUUAACUGCUUUGGGGGAGAUGUUUGAAGCUGCACGAAGUAUUAUGAGUUGGCUUGGUGAUUGUGCAAAGGUUGUAGCUAUGAAAAACCAUGCAGUACAAUGGACGACUCCUCUUGGUCUUCCCGUUGUACAGCCCUACCGCAAAUUAGGAAGGCACCUUAUCAAGACAUCUCUUCAAGUUUUGACACUACAGCGAGAAACCGAUAAGGUGAUGGUUAAGCGGCAGAGAACUGCAUUUCCUCCUAAUUUUGUCCACUCUCUUGAUGGCUCCCAUAUGAUGAUGACAGCCAUUGCUUGUAAAGAAGCCGGCUUAAGUUUUGCAGGAGUGCAUGAUUCAUUUUGGACUCAUGCGUGUGACGUUGACCAGAUGAACACGAUUCUUAGAGAAAAGUUUGUGGAACUUUAUGAGGCUCCGAUCCUAGAAAAUUUGUUGGAGAGUUUCCAGAAGUCGUUCCCGAAGCUGGAAUUCCCUCCAUUGCCAGAGAGGGGAGAUUUUGAUCUAAAGGAGGUUUUGAAGUCCCCAUAUUUCUUCAAUUAAGACUCUAACCACAUUCUUCAUGGCUACCAAUUUGUUGUUCUGAUCAUCUGGCUUUAUGGUGUGACAAUGGGCGCCCAUCGAAGUGCACAAAGUUCUCAAUUUCAUACCUUUUUGGACCCUCGGUUCCAACUGAUCCUUGCACACCUCUGUAAAUUUGCUGACAUCUCAUGCGUGUUCUACUUUGAGCUAAUCAAGAGAAGCCACUACUGAUCAAGGCUUGAAUUCUGCUGGCGACCGAUGACAAUGAUGAGUGCAUUCGAGCCUCAAAUUGGUCCUGUUAUUUGUAACUAAUGAUUUCUAUUUAUUGAGGAUUAAG